AUGCCGAGCGCAAUGGUGCAGCAAACCGCCACGGCGGCCGCGCUGUCCGCCGCCAGCAACGUGCUCGCGCAGCUCAUCACGGCGCAGAAGACGGGCAAAAACGAGGGUAAAACGGCUGACAUUUGCGCCCAUCGUCCGUCGACCGGCGAAAAGCAAGCGUUCACCAUCGACGCGGUGCCCGUGGCCAAGUUCGUCCUCUUCACCAUCCUCAGUACCCCGCCGAACGUGCUGUGGCAGGAGUUCCUCGAAGACGUGUUUCCGGGCGAGAAGAAGGUGCAGCCGGCCGAGUCGUCGGCGAUAAAGAAGGGCGCAAAUGACGAGAAGCAGGGGAAGGACGUGGUCAAGGAUAAGGCGCAGCAGAAAAGCGCGGGGAUGAAUUGGGCCAAUGUGCUGUGGAAAUUCCUGCUGGAUCAGACGGUUGGAGGUGUCGUGAACACGGUGCUGUUCAUCGCGGGCAUGAAGGCGCUUAACGGCGGCAAUGCCGAGGAGGUCAAGAUAGCUGUGAAGGAGGGGCUCUGGCCUAUCUUCCUCGCGGGCACUAAGCUGUGGCCUUUGGUCUCCGCCAUUAGUUUCACCAUGAUUCCCGUUGAGAAGAGGGUGAUUUUUGGCAGCAUCGCUGGCGUUGCUUGGGGAGUAUAUCUGAGCUUGAUGGCUGCGGAGUAA